AUGUACAGACGAAGGGACCGUAUAUACUGGGAAGUAAAACUAGGACGUAAAGAUGGAAAAGUUUCAUUGGCAGCCAACGUCAAAAGCCUUCCGUCUCAGACUGAUGUCAUCACCGAGACGCUAAAAGUAUUUGCUAAAUUCGGGCUUAACACUGAAGAUUUCUUUGCUCUCUUAGGAGCUCACACAAUUGGAACUGCGUCUUGCAAGUUAAUCACGGAUAGGAUAAACAGCAUCGACAGAAGCUUCAUUGUUUUGAACUUCAACCCUCUGUUCUUGGUGAUGCUGCAGCAGGCAUGUCCUAUAGGCUGCGACGGUUCAAGACGCGUGGCUCUAGACACGGGGAGUGAGCUCGUCUUCGACACAUCCAUUUUCAAGAACAUCCUCAACGGAAGUGCAGUCCUCAAUAUUGAUCAAAGCCUUUUGAACAUUCCGACUAUUUACCGUCUGCUGCAGGAGUUCCUAACGUUUGAGAGGUUCAACACGAUAUUUGUGAGGCCAAUGAAUAGGAUGAGUGAAAUCGAGGUGAAGACAGGGUUAAAUGGAGAGAUUCGACGAAACUGUUCUAGGGUUAAUUAG